CAGAAAAGACACCAUGCCGACACAUCUCAAGGGUUUUCCAUCCUGUGUAACACAGUUGUGGGCGAUCUAAAGAGGAAGAAGAAGGGGUCCUGGUGACGGAAGGUCACCCUUGGCUGGGCCAUGCAGUCGCAACGUGCCGAAAGAGUCGAGAUCCAUGUGGAAGAGGAAUGUUUCUCGGUGGACAAGGGUCUCCUGGUGGAACAUAGUGAAUAUUUCCGGGCUCUCUUCCAAUCAGGCAUGAGAGAGAGCACUCAGAAAGAGAUCCAGAUCCGAGAUCUAAGCGCCAUGGGGUUUUCUAUCAUGUUGAAGAUCCUGGAGGGGGAUUAUCCUGUGCUGAGCUGUGAGGAGAACCUCAAGGCGGUGGAGUGUGCCUCCUUCCUACAGGUGAAAACCAUGGCCAAGUACCUGAUCUCAUCCCUCAAUUCGGACAACUGCAUCAUUCUCUACCAAGCUGCUGCCAUUUUUGGCCUCCUGGACCUCUUCCACAGUGCGGCGCUAUACAUAAGAGAUAGUUACACUGAUCUGGAGGAGUAUCUGGACUGCCUCUCUCCAGAUCUUCUGGAUUAUGUCGAGUCCGUCAUACCCAGCACUUUUGUGGCGGUGGGAGCUCACACACCCACGUUUGAGUUCUUGGAGGAUCUCUCGCGGACCAUCUGCUACCUGGAUGAGGAGAACAAUACCUGGAGGACCCUGUCCUGCUUGCCACUGACCGCCAGCACCUUCCUUGCUGGCAUGACCACCCUGGACAACAAGAUGUAUAUUGUGGGCGGUGUCUACGGAUACAACAAGCAGGUGGUGGACCAAAGCUUUUGCUAUGACCCAGAGACCAACAGCUGGAGCGAAUUCCCCAGCCCUCAGCAGCUCCGCUACGAUGUCACAUUGACCGCCCAAGGGGACCACCUUUAUGCCAUUGGUGGGGAGUUUGAGAAGAUCCCACUGAAAUCCGUGGAGAAGUUCAAUGUGUCCACCAACACUUGGAGCUUUGUCUCAGACCUGCCCCAGCCGGCCACUGCUGUCCCCUGCGCCCAAGCCAUGGGACGCAUCUUUGUUUGCUUGUGGAAGCCUCUAGAUACCACCAUCAUCUAUGAGUACGAGACUGAGAAGGAUGAAUGGAUCCCUAUCUCAACCCUCAACAGGUCUCAGAGCUAUGGCCACUGCAUGGUGGCUCACCGGGACAACCUCUACAUCAUGCGGAACGGGCCUUUCGACGACUUCUUGCGGUGUGUCAUUGAUUGCUACAACCUGACCACCAUGCAAUGGACCUCUUUGCCCGGGCAGUACAUGAACAGUAAAGGAGCCCUCUUCACCGCCGUCAUCAAAGGGGACACCGUUUACACGGUCAACAAGAUGCUAACCCUGCUGUACACGGUGGAGGACAACGCGUGGAAGUUCAGAAAGGAGAGAGCCGGCUUUCCAAGGAGUGGUUCUUUACAGACCUUCCUCCUCAGGCUUCCAAGAACAGAUCACAGCAUUGCGACGUAGAUCACAUCUCUGCUUCUAUGGAUUGCUCAGAGCGCGACAUCUCCUUUACCGUAUCUGGAUUCUGGAUAUUUCACUUUUCUUUUUUGGGGCCCUGGGGAUUACAGUCAAAUUGAACCCAAGAUUGUGAUAUCAACCUUCUUUCAAAUGAAGGCUCUUUGUACCUUUUAAGACAAAAGGAUCUAGUUUUAGGGGUUAUAUUGGAUGCUGCAGCAGAGGGGCAUUCUCCUGCUCAUGCCGCUGGCCUUGUGGUUUUGUGAGCCGAGCUCAUUGGCAACAUAACCCAUUUGCUACAACCAGCAUGCCCUUCGAAUAGCCCAGUACUAUUGAGGGGCAGCAGCUGAAGAAGACAGACCCAUAGAGAACUGUAUUGGCAAAAGGUAUCCCCAAAGGUAAUCAAGUCCAACCCUUUGCCAAUAUAGGAAUCCCCAGUUGGUAGCCCCCAGUCCCCAGUAGGUAGUCAUCCAUCCUUUUCAAAAUCUCCUACAGAGAGAGUUCAACACUUAACCAUUGUUUCCCUGUCAAACAAUUCUUACUGUAAGGAAGAUCUUCCUAAUACUAACUGAAAGCUAAUGCUGGCCAGGAGAUUUGAGUAAGGCAUGGAAACCCAUGGAGUGACCUUUGGCAUGUCACACUCUCUCAGCCUCUGAGGAAGACAAGGCUAAACCUCUUCUGAACAAAUCUGGCUGACAAAACCACAUGAUGGAGUCACCAUAAGUCAGAAUUGACCUGAAGGUACAUAAAGGCAGUAUAGAAGAAGACAGGUAUCGAGUAGGAGAUGCUUAUUCUAGUGGUCAUACCUCCAGAAGGAGAAUCACACAGCCUUCCAGAUGCUUUUGGAUAGCAAGCCCCAACAUCCCUUACCAGCAUAAUUGUAAAGUGAGGAAGGAUGGGAUUUACAGUCCAGCAGCAUCUGGGCCUAAUGAUACCCAGCCCUGGUUUAGGUUCACCCAUGGAUGAACAGAGAAAGUUAAGUUCCCCUUCUUUCUCCAUGUUGAUGUUAAUGCAGGGGAUUCUUUUAUUUUGAGUCAUAUCUUCUUAAAGAUGCUGGGGAUGUAUUUUGGAGAUGCAAAGUUUGAGUCCUGCCAUAGAGUCCUGGGCAUUCCCUGCCUCCUUUACUGAAGGUUAAAAAGGAUUAUGUGGACUCUAAUUCUGAACACUGAGUCCUCCUGGCAUUAAUGUACACAAUUUUUAGGGGAGGGAAUAUUUAAAGCCAUUCAACCUUAACCACAAAGGCUGCAAUUAAACAUACAAACUGAAUGCAUUUUGAUCAUGUAUAUAUAUUUUUUCUUCCCAAAAAUGACCCACAAGUUAAGCAAAGUGCAAGUCCUGUUGCACUGAACGGAACUUAAACCUACUUAAGUUAUUGAAGUCAUAUUGGGUUUUUUUUUUGGGGGGGGGGGGAGAAAUACUUCCCCAUACAAUAUGUUUGGGGUCACCUCCUUGUAUUAUUACCUCUUGUUAACAGCUUCAAUGAUGUGAAUGUCUGUUCAUAGGUUUUAUAUUCCCAGUAAUGCUAUUUGAGUCAGGCUAUAAAUAGUCCCUCACCAGGGAAUUUGUGGCUCCAUAAUAAACAUGGACUGACUCA